AGUAUUGAAUUUUAUUUUUUGACUUUAUAUAUAUAUAUAUAUAUAUAAUAUACAAAGCACUAAAAUAACCAACAACACGAACAACCAGAUUGUGAAAUUUUUGGGACGACCCGUCCCUUCUUCAGGACAAACAAAAAGAAUUACAUAAUGUGGCCAAUAUUAACAGAGAAUAAUAACAAAAACUGCAUAUAAAUACAUCUAGCACUACAACUACACUAAUUUACAAACAUAUUUACAACGCAGACUACGUUUUUUGGUUUUUAGGCUUGCCAAUCAAUGUUAAUAGCAGAGCGAUUGAAUUAGGACAUGCCUUAUUUGUCCAAAGAGCUGAUCCAAAAUUUUAUUGAAACAAAACACCGUUUGAUAUGGCACAUACGCCUUUAAUUUAUUAAUUUCAUAUAAAGUACCAGGCGAUUUGCACAAUAUCCCUGUUUCUGAUUGGUUCUGUGAAGAAUGGAGGAAAUAUUCAAGUUGAUUAUUGAUUUGGGGGUUAAAAAAGUCCCAUAAAUUAGCUCAACAAACAGUUAUUUACUAUAAUGCCAUGAUAAUUGUUGAAUAUUGUAUCACUUCUAAAUAUAGGCACCAUUAAGGAGAUGGUUCAUGGAAUCGUAACCCUAUCCCAAUAAGUGUUCGAGUAGUUAUAUAUAUAGUUAGAGCUGAUUUGUAAGUUACUUUCGUUUUUAAAAUAAUGUAAACUUCAAAAACUAUCCCCAAAUCUUAGUGUAGUAUAUCAGUGCACUGUAUCAAUAUUCAAGAAAUGUAUCGGAUCAUGUCAUAACAGCUAAAAUCGGGGAGAGAAUCCAUCAAUAGCGGAUCUAGACGAUAAAGAACUUUUAUUGUACACUGCAUGUACACUGUAGUUAUUCAAUUUGACACAUUUCAUAAAUAUGAUGUUAUUCAUAAUAUUUAUAACAUUGGAAAAGAAAAGACUUGGAAAAAAUAAAUCAUAUUCUUGUAGGAAAAUGAAAGCUUCUUUGUAAUGAAUUGUACUGAUUUUUAUUUCAGAUAAAUUAAAUUUUUAAAAAAAAUAUUAUGUUUGAUUUAAAGGGACAUUUUCCCUUUCAACAGCAGGGUUUAAGAAAUAUGUGAUUCUAGGAAUAAUUGCCUAAAUAUGUAUCAGUCGCACUAGGAAUAAUCAUUAAUAUUAUAUUCCAAUUAUGAAGUAUUUGCAAAGUUUAAUUGGCCAGGUAAUUCCUUUGAGAUUCCUCCGACUGACUUAUCCCUCUUUUGUGGAUCUAUAAAUGAAGGUGAGAGGAAUUUUGCAUUUUAGACAGAGUUAAAGAUUUUAAGAAGGGUUUAGCCUAGUGGACCUAUUCACAGACAAGAUGUAAUGUCCCAGUGUUAAUUUCAAAAUAAAAAGGGGUCACAACUUUAAGAAAGAAGAAAAUCACCUGCAAUCAUAGUGCAAUGUAUUGCAACCACUUCUUCAUGCAAGCUUUUUCAAUAUGUAUAUCUGAAAAUGAAUAUUCUGAUGAAUAAUAAGAAAUUAACCAGUGCAUGGACAAUGCUCUGAUGGAAAACUUGUUCCUUAUUAUAAGUCUUAUCUGUCAGAUUGAUAUAGAUAAUUGUUGUUGUACUGAAAAACACCUGAUGUUAAUUUGGUUUGGCCUUGUAAAGGUGUCUAGGUGACUGACACAUUAAAUGCGGGAUUUUUUUUCCCCCGGUCCCCAAAGCAUGUGAAAGAUUUGGACAGGCCGUGACCUUACUACUAUGUAUUUACUCAUCUGAACAAACAUCAACUCUGGUGAGUCAGCUAAUGAGCUUAUCAUGUUGCAAUGUGUUUCCUUUUCAUUUACCUGUAAACAUAUAUAUUAAAGUGUCACCAAUGUUCAUUAGAAUUAGAAACAAAGUAACUGUUCUAAGUAUCCAGGUACCUGUUUUACAUAAAGUUGUCAAUAUUGUUAGUUUAAUGAGUGGCACUCUCAAAUUAAAAACUAUGGACCCCUAGCUGCAUGUAGUUACUUUUGAGUGAUCAAAGUUGUACUGACUUCAUCUCAUGCUAGAUAUAGUACCUGUAGUAUUGCCCAAGUCAAACAUCAAAUGGAUGGACUAAAGCAGCUCUAAGUAUCUCUAAUUGUUGCUAUAUCUCUACACUUAGAGGCCUCCAUCAGUCAAGUAUUAGUAGCCGUGAUAAGGUCAUCAUGCUUGAAAGAGAUGGGAAAUUGAUCCUUUUAAAUUUUUAAAUUUCCCCCGCAAGGGAGCAGGUGUAAACAAGGAGAACUGUCUGUGUUAUUAUAUCUCAGGUGGAGAGAGAAAUGGAUUUAGAAAAUAUAACUUCCUUCAAGGAUGGAAAUUCUUGCUAUCCCAUAAUUAUUUCCUUGCACAGCUUUCUCUAUGAUGAAAUGUUUGACGAAUACUGAUAGUGUUGAAGUCCCUUGACACAUGUAUCAAAGUUUUUAAAGAUAGAAUAUGUUGACUGCUGUUUAUCGACUUAAGGAUAGUGUUUCAGACACUGUUUCAAAGAUUCGGAAUUCUUUGGCGGUGGACAUCAGUGAUGCACAAAGGAAAAAGAAAGCCAGCUUUGAUACAGCCAGUAAGAUUUCGGAGCCCAGGCUUGGGGAACAGUACAGAGCCAUUGCAGAUUACACAAAGGAGGACAAAUGGGACCUGAAUCUCAAGGCCGGCACAGAGGUCGAGGUCAUCGAGAAAACGGAGAGUGGAUGGUGGUUUGUCCAUGUUCAGGACCAACAAGGAUGGGUACCCAGUACUUACCUCAAACGGGCGGAUGGUAUCCGGGAGGAACUGAGCGAACGGGCAAGGCCAGGGGAAGAGGAACAGUACAUAUGCACUGAUGACUACUCUCCCUCCAAUUCUGACGAGAUGGCCCUGGAGAAGGGCACUGUGGUCAAGGUUGUCGAGAAAAACCUGGAUGGCUGGUGGUGGAUUCGACAAAACGGCAAAGAAGGAUGGGCACCUGCAACCUACAUGAUGAAAGCGGAGCAAGCCCACAUGGAGAGGGUAGCCCGGGCCUCUGGUGUUCAGAUUGUGGGUGGGCUACAAGACAUCAGUGAUCUGAUGCAGGAUGAUGGAGAGGAUUCCUGGGAUGAUGAACCUGACCCUCCGCCCCGCCCCACUAAACCGUACCUGACUAAGAAGUCACGCUCCUUGGAGAGGGGAGGGUCCAUUAGGCCACCUCCUAGGCAGAAUUCGAUAAAAAAUAUUAAUAUGAAUAUAAAACCUCCGAAACCAAAGAAGUCCCAGUAUAUAACUAUUGCUGACUUUGAGGACACAGUCGGAGAUGGAAUCAGCUUUUCUAAAGGUGAAAAUGUUGAGGUAAAAGAGAAGACUGUGGAUGGAUGGUGGUUUGUAAGGAUAGGUGACAAUGAGGGAUGGGCCCCCUCCACUUACAUAGAGACCCGCGAGAUGGAAGAGAUACCGGAGGAUAAUCCCCUCUCCAAUGUAAGCUAUGAUGCAAAUUAUUCUGAGGUGGCAAAUGAUAGUGAUGAAGAAGAAGAAUAUGAACAUCCUGAGCCCAAAACAAAUCGUGAUAAUGAAUAUGAAGAAGUUAAAUAUGAAGUUCCGGUCAAUAUUAGUGGGGAGGGAGAGAAACCUAAAUUUGUAUUUUCUGAACAGCCCCAAAACCCUCAACCAGAAAUGGUCAAAGAGAAUCGUAGUUCAAUUCAACCUACUCAUGAUGAAUGGAGGGCGAGGAGGAAUCAUAAAGCAGCUGUAAAACGACCUACUUCUAAGCCACCUCCUCCUCCAGUUGCUAUGGUAGCCAAUAGGGAGAGGAGCCCCGGACCACCCCCAGUGGACCGAUCCUCAUUGACUGCAGCAUUACAAAAGAAAUUGACAUCCAAGGCACCAGAGGAGGUUUCAAAACCUGAUCUGGAGGCAAAAUCAUCUAGUUCAAGUUGUGAUUCUGACAAAAAGCCAAUUCUUCCUCCAAAAUUACCUAUAAAACCAGAUAGUAGCGGAAAAAUCUCACCUAAAGCUCUCUCUCCAAAAGUGCCAAGGGAGAGAAUUCAUAGUGAUGGUGGAAAUAAUUUAGCUGAAAUCCUGAAGGCAAAGUUUGAAUCUCGGAGUAACACAGCAGAUGAAAAUGGAAAUGCAGAUAAUGCAGUUUUUAACACAUUUCCUAAAAAAUCUGGGGUACAGAUUUCCCAGCUGCCAGUAUCCCAAACAAAAUCAAAUCCAGACUUUUCAAACAAGACAGAUUCAAAAACAGCAAAGCCGGUUUUUCCCCAUAAGUUUAAUAAACCAGUUACUCAAAUGAAACCAAGUGAUAAGAAUGAGUUUGCUCCAAAACGACUGAGCAUGCAAGAAGAAAACUCAGAACUGGCAAAUGUUUUACAAGCAAGGCUUAGAAGACAGUCUAAUGUAGAAAUGACCACAUCACAACAUUAUAGUGCUGUAGAAAAACCAAAGAAAUCCUUUCCUUCUAAACCUAUGAUUCCAGAGAAGCCACCUAGUGAGGACAGAAAGCCAAUUCUUCCUCCAAAAACUGAUGGAAAAAAGACUGAGGGAAAAGAGAAUUCUGUAACAAAUGUGACAAAAUCAAAACUUCAAAAGGCCUCCUAUCCAGGCUGGAAAAAGGAGUCGUGCAAACCGAAGUCGAAACCACCAGUUCUUGCAAAACCUAGUAAGUCGGUGUUACCUAAAGAUGACACAAAAAAUAGUAAUAGGACAGAAAGUGACUCCGAGUCUCCUACAAAACCUGGCUUUGCGAAAGAGCUGGCUUCAAAAUUAUCUUCUAACCUCAGAAAACCAGACACAAGUACUGAUCCCAAACCUCCAAUCCCAAAGAAAUCUCCUUUGGUUCAAAAUAUGUGUAGUGCAAAAAUAGAAAACACUGAGCAAGGAAUAAAACCUGUAAAAUCUUCUGUUUCUGUGCAGUCCUAUAGAUCCAUUGCUAAGUAUCAAGCAGAGGGAAGUGGUGAAGUUUCUUUUGAAGAAGGGGUAGAGUUAGAGGUUUUGGAUAAUAGUAAAUCUGAUGGAUGGUGGCUAGUAAAGGUGGGAACCAGUCAAGGCUGGGCACCAGUCACAUACAUUGAGCCCUGUGGGUCUGGUCCACGAUCCCCUUCCCCUGUGUGUGAUUCCGGAUUUACCUCACCAGAAGAGGGAAGUAACUCUGUGUCUUCUGUGAAAUAUAGAACUUGUGCAGAAUUCAUUCCUGAGAGCGAGACUGAACUGGGGUUUAAGGAGGGCUGUGUUGUGGAGGUGCUGGAUGCAUCAGAGGACGACUGGUGGUAUGCGCGGAUUGAUGGUAGGGAGGGCUGGAUACCAGCUGAGUACCUGGAAGAAGUGUGAUUUGCAUGUUGUAGGUUAAAAUUAUGAUUUUUAUCUUGAUUACUAUUCCUGUGCAAUAAUGAAUACAAUAUCUGACUGUAUGGCCAUUGAAAUUUUUAAUUUGAUGAUAAUAAAAAUGCAAGAGGUUUGAAUCUGAGUGCUAGUAAGAAUCCAUCAUAAAUGUAACUGUGUACUGUACAUCAGAAGUGGUAUUGGAAGUGUUUAAACAACAGAGUUUUAAAAGAAGAGAGAAUGGACACUUUUUAUUUUGUGUGUAUGAAAUGGAUAGUUCUUGUAUUGAACUAGACUAGUGUAAGUGGAUAUUAAAUUGUUUAAUUUGUGUAUGUACAGUUUGUUUGAUUGUUGGCUGUUUCUUAAUUAUGUCAGUUUUUGAACAGCGCUAGUUCAAAUUCUUAGUACUAAUAUAACAACAGUGGUCUUGAUAUGACAUCCUAGAUAUACUACCGAGUAUACAUAUUCAGUCAUUGGAUUGAACUCUCAGAUAAAAAUCUCCUUUCACUCAGCUUCAGGACUAUACAAACUGCAUAUUGAUCAACAUCAGCAUGACCUUACAUAUCUGUGUAAUACUGCCUGCCUGUUUUUCCUAAGAAAUGCAAUCUUUUGUCCAGUAUAUGGAAUAUGCAAAGCAUAUUUAACAUAUUUUGAAGGUUAUGUUUUACAUACAUGUGUAUCGUAUAAAAGUGUCAUGAUGAAUAUUACUGUGGUUGUGAUUAUUGUUAUGUGCAUAUUCAUCUACAUACUGUAUCUUUCAUCUACAUGUAAUAUUAUAUUUUCACGUUUAAUAUAUUUAAUUUCCUAAAAUACUCUAAGGUGUAAAAUGUAAACAUUUUAUUUUAUCAAUUUUGUUUAUUGUACGUGCACAGUGAAAUUUGAAAUAACAAAUUUUGUUUAAAAAUGGAAUUUUUCAGUUCCUAUUAUUUUAGCCUUGCUGUAAUGUUCAAUGCAUCGAGUGUUGUGGAAUGAUGUUCGAUUAUUUUACAGAGGAGGGGACACUCUACUGAGCCGGAUGAUGAUUACGAUGAUAUUAUAGAAUCGGGAAUUCCCAGGAAAAAUUAAUUAGCUUAGUUAGGAAACAUAACACUAUUACAAUGAAUUUUGUAUAGUCAAAGAUUAUAGUUGUUUCUAAGAAUUAUGUUACAGAGUGAUAUAGAAUUUCUAUCACUUGUCUGACCACACUUUGCACUAUAUAUAGUCUAAGAGUACUUUUUAAAAAAUACUGAUCCAAGCAGCUACAGAUAAAGGUAAAAAAUAUUGAAUCUUGAUAAUUUCAUAUUACUGUAAAUGUAUUACAUUUAACGUGUAUAGUAUGAUAUUUGACAGAAAUUUAUCAUUCAACAAGUUAGCAUAAACUGGAUUUAUCACUUUCUAAAUGUAAAACAUAUAAAUGUAUAUAUGUAAGACACUUAUCGAUGUACUUGUUUUAGUGGUAGAUACUUUCACGAAAGGCACUACAUGUACAUAAAAUAUACAGCCAAAUGUAUUACAUUUACAGUACGUGACAUAUCGGGGUAGACAGUAAAAUGUUCAGCUAAUUCCUGGGUGCUGUGGAUAAUCCACAGCAAUUUUAUUCUCUUUCAUCUCAUCAUCUUCAUAGAAUGUAUGCAAUUUCUUUCCAUUUUAAUUAAACUUGAAUUUAAGGUAAUAUUCAGUUACCGUUACAUAUAGAUCUAUGCACAAACCUUCAGAGGCAUGUGUUUAUACAACAGUAAAGGGGCUUCUUUCAGUUGAACCACAUUGUAUCAUGAUAAAAAUCAAAUGUCAAUUCAAAUGUAUUUUGUUUAGUGUACAUACAUGAGACAUUUUGAAUAGAUACAAUCAAUUAUCAACUUUAUAAUCUAUUGUGUUCUGGUAAAAUGUCUGUCAAAGUUCUUGUUGCACUCAAUAUUUCCUGUACUAUUUCUUCAUCCUCGUGGGAAAAGGAAUACACUUCUUACUUUUUGAUCAAGAGGUUUUUUUUUGGUCUUGAAAGAUCAUAAUUUGCAGAAUUUCAGGAAGAUAGGAGGAAAUCCGAGAUGGACGACGUAUGACAUAAUAUGGCUUGUUGAUACAACCACUAUCAUGUUUUUCCAUUAUUGAAUGUUACUACACUCUAAAUGCAGUGUACAUCUUUCUACAAAUCUAAAUGUGGUUGCUUUGGUCUUUACCAGUUUCUUGUGAGUUUUGGAGCAGGAUUUACCAUUGUUGAAUUUAUUGUUAACAUUUGUAAGGGUUAUGAAAAAUAAAAAAAAUUGUUAAAAACUUGA